UCACAAAAGAUUUAAACUACGCAUUAAGCUUGUGCGUAGGGGAACGAAACGAAUCGUGUUUAAUUGUAGUACUAGCCAGUCGCUUCAUUCGAAGCAUCAAACAAAGUUGCAAUAUUCCGGAGCUCCAGCCCGGAACAGUUAGUUAUAGCCAAAUCGAGUGCAGCGGCGGACAAACAGCGCCAAACGAAAAGUAAAACGCAUUUUCCUACGCAUACACUAGCAGCAACAGCGAAUACACACACACACACACACGCAGACGGACACAAAACAGAAGGGCCAAAAUAACUCGGGCGACUAAGGAGAAAAACAAAGUUUAACUUAAAACCGAGUUAAUAAGCAAUAUAAUCAAGUUAUCUUGGGUGUUGACGUGUUGAACACACAUACCGAUAAACAAACAAAAUGUCUACGACACCAAAAUCAAGCGAAGAUUUGCUGGGUGAAUCUUGGAUUGAACUGAGCACAACAGCUGCGAUGGCUGGAAUCAAGAGCCCCGACAGAAUCACUCCGUUGCCAUUCAACAAUGGCGAGGAGUAUCUGAGACUUCUGCGCGAGGCCCAGCGCGAAUCGAACCAGUCGAGCCGAGUCGUCUCCUUGGCCAGCUCCCGUCGUGAUACGCCCCGUGAUAGCCCCAAAAGUCCACCGAACAGUCCCCAGUCGGAGCUCUGCCCGGAUGAUGAGCUCAGAAACGUCUACAUCAACUACUGGACCAAGGGUGGAGAUAAACAGAAUGCCGACAAUGGAGAUUGGUUGAAGAACUGGAAUCGCAAUGCCGAGGAGCAGCCACCCAAGAGCUGGAAUUUCGAGGCUGUCAGUGGCGAUGCCGGCGAUGAGGACGAGAAAAAGAAGACUAACACAGGCUACUCCAUCCGCUUGAAGCGUCUGGGCUCCAACUCGCUGUUCUCCCGCGAAAUUCUAUACUCGCUGCUGGUGACCAAUGUCCUGUCCUUGCUGCUGGGCGCCGGCUUCGGAUUGUGGUUGAGCAAGCGGGGCAUACUGCUCACCCGUGUGGUCAUUGACUGAAAGAUGCCAUAAACAAAAAGA